GCCCCGUGGCGCCGAGGCGUUCUAUCGCAGGGGCGCAGGGUCGAUCCAGGACAAGAAUUGUCUCACAACAAUAAGAGAAAAUCUGCAGAUGCUGGAAACACGAGAAACACACACAAAAUGCUGGAGGAACUCAGCAGGCCAGGCAGCAUCUAUGGAGAAAAGUACAAUCGACGUUUCAGGCCGAGACCCUUCAGCAGGACUGGAGAAAAAUGAUGAGGAGUAGAUUGAAAAGAAGAAGGAAAGUGGAGCUGAAGGACAGAAGAGGCGAAUGUUGGAGGCGGAGGAAGCCAAGAAGUCAAGCAAGUUCUUCAUGCCCUUCUUUGGAAAGCCCAGAACAAAUAGUUCGACAUGUUCCAUGGAGUCGCUUGCAUCUGCUACAAGUUUGUUAGAAUCCGAAGGUGGAUCAAGUACAAAUGCGUCACAGGCCGAGGAGGAGGUCAAGUUAGAUAAAUCCGAGUAUGACAAGAUUAAGAGUGAGGCUGCCACGGAGAACGUGGACAUGACAGGAGGGGAAGAUGAUGGUAGUGGUGGUGCUGUUGAGUUUAUUGACGAGAUUGAACCUGACGACACUGAACCUAGUGAACUGGAUGGUGUCAAAGAGCCUCGAACUGUCGUACUGAAAGUGAUUGAACAGCGUGACAUUGGACUUCUGAAGUUCGACAAGGAUACUGGAAAAGCAAUUCUGCCUGACGCAUUGAGAACAGAAAUAAUAAAGCUGAGCUCGAAGUAUUUCCCGAACAAUGAGGGGCCUUUCCUACCAACAAAUAACCGCUCAAUGAACAAAACUUGGUUCAAGAGGAAAUUGGGAAAUGGUCGUGCUGAGGAAGUGACUUGCUCGUGGCUGGUCUAUCCCCCUUCUAAAAAGUCUGCAUUUUGUAUCUGUUGUCUUCUCUAUUCUCAGUCAGGCCAUCAAUCCUCAUUGGAGCAGGAAAGUGGAUUCAACCAGUGGAAGCACCUGAAAGGAUUAGAGUUCAUGAAAAUGCUGAGAAUCAUUGGGAAUGCUUCACACAGUGGAAAGAAAUGGGAAAAAAUUUAGCUGGAAGCGGAGGAGUUAUUGACGCGGUAUUUCAGUCACGGAUUGAGAAGGAAAAGCAGAAGUGGCGUGAUAUCUUGACAAGAAUCCUUCACUGCAUAAAAUUCCUUGUGACUCAGAACCUGGCUUUGUGAGGACACAGGGAGUCACUUCAGCAAGACGAUGACUCCAAUGUGGGAAAUUUCCUUGGUUUACUGAAACUACUGGCCAUCUUUGACCCUGUCAUAAAAGAACACCUCACUCAUUUGGAAAGUCAUCCUGGAUCCACGUCUUAUGUUCCAACGGGUAUCCAGAACGAAUUCAUCCACAUGAUGGCAUCCACUGUUCGCCAGAGUUUACUGAGAAGCAUUCGUAAAGCCAAGUACCAUGGUCUCACGUUCAACUCGACUCCUGAUCAGGCACACCGUGAGCAGAUGACAGAAGUAGUGAGUUAUGUGGAAGUUGAUUUUGAGAGGAAAACAGUCCGUGUUAGAGAGUCCUUGGUUUUAUCCAGAUAAGCCAGAAGGAUGCUGAGAGCUUGGUUGAAGACAUCUUGAAACAGCUAGAGAAGGACGAAAUGGAGCUGUAAGAUUGUCGGUCACAGUGCUAUGACAAUGCUGCUGUGAUGGCUGGACACAGAAGUGGUUUUCAUCAAAGAAUAAGUGAGAAAAACAACCUGGCAGUGUUUGUGAAUUGUGACAAUCACUCACUCUACUUGAUGGGUGUACAUGCAGCCAAGCAGGAUACAAUGAUGGUCACGUUUUUUGGAACCAUCGAAGCUCUCUACGUAUUUUUCUCUUGUUCAACACAGUGCUGGGAAAAACUCAAAAACACCGUGCCUGUGGUUGUUAAGUCGGAGUCCGAAACCAGGUGGAGUGCAAGGACAGAAGCAGUGAAGCCCGUCAACAAGUACCUUGAGGAGAUACUUCAAGUUCUCCAGGACAUGAUAAACAAUGAAAAAGAGACCGGUGAAAUAAGUAACGCAAGGCAGUUGUACAACCGCAUGUUGAGUUACGAUUUUCUGAUUUUGCUAGGAUUUUGGAACAAAGUUCUCAUUCGCAUUGACUGUAUUCAAAAGAGGCUGCAGGAUCCUAGCAUGAACUUCCACGAUGCUGCCCUGGCUUUGAAAGCCCUCUGAGAUUAUUUUUAUGAUGAUAGAGAAGUGUUGGUCAGUGAGUCACUCGAAGAAGGAGUCGGUCUCUGUGAAGAAUGGAAUAUUGAAGUUGAAAGACGUCAGGGAUGAAAAAAAAUGAAUGGCUGAUGAGAACUCGAGAGAGGCUGGGUUAACAGCUAAGGAGGAAACUGAUGGACAGCGGGUAUAUGAAGAAAGUUUGAUUUGCAUAAUGUUGUCAUCAAGGUGGGUCAACAUGAAAAUAUCAAGUCCUGAACAGCUUCUUGAAUUUAUUGUUCAGUAUGGAGAUGAGAGCAUCUUCCCGAAUCUUCACAUUGCUAUUCAGAUAAUGCUAACCAUCGUAGUUUCCAUUGCCAGCUGUGGGAGAUCAUUCAGCAAGUUAAAACUAAUACUUUCGUGUUUGAGAGCCUCCAUGGGUCAAGGCAGAUUCUGUGAUCUUGCUCUGCUGAGUGUAGAAAGAGAAGAAACUGAAAAAACUGACUUUGAUCACAUCAUAGACCUAUUUGCAUCAGUGAAAGCAAGGAAGGUGCAGUUAUAAUUUGUAGUGCCAUAACUUGUUAAUUAAAAGA